GUUACUCCACGAAUUUGACCAAUUUUCCAAGGAAAAUGAAAUAUGUAUUUUCCGCAUUUUCCCUGACAAAAACAAUCAAAUAAAAAUAGUGAAGUUGCAAAGUGUCGUAAAACCCCUUGCCUUAUCAUGAUUGUUCAUCAUUUGUCAUCGUAAACCAUUAAAUAGCCGGAAUCUCCACGUAUUUACGUGAAUCGUCUAACCAUAAGUACUGACGAAGCAGAAAUAGGAACAGCCGGUGGAGUGUGCAUGGUAUUCUUCAUCGUGGUGUGACCCAGUGUCUUUUCCCAGCUGCACUUCCAACCAUGGCGGAGAGCAAUGAGCGGGUGGAUGAUCUCGUGCAAUCAGUCAGCCUCCACAAUCAGAGGAGAUUGAUAUUCAAUGGUUAUGUCCUGCCGUUUUUAACACUGGAGACCAUAUGGAUUUACAACUGGUUGUUUGUUUAUGGGUCGGACGACUACUUCCACGAGGGUCUCGUUGGCGUUGCUGCCAUCGGGGUCCUCCAGAUAUUUUUGUGUCUGUGUUGUCAGUGGUCUGUUCACAUCUAUUGUUUCCUGAACUGUAGUUCGACGAGGGAUCCCUACAAAGCAACAGUAGUCAAAGUGAUCCCCACCCCGAACAACGGCAGCUCAGAGCUAGUAAGACUGCACCAGAAGCCGAACAAAGAGCCCUGGUUCAUAUUUCAAAAGACCAAAUACUGCUGGUCCCCCAACAAAAAGCGUUUCCAAGGUCUCCAGUUUCCAGUGGCCGAGGCCAUAAAAACCUACUGCGAAUGGAAGGGCUACGUCAGCGAGGAAGAGAUAGCAGAGGCCGAGGAGAAGUACGGAAAGAACCAUCUGGACAUGGUGAUCCCUGAGGCCUGGGAGCUCUUCAAGGAGCGCGCAGUUGCGCCCUUCUUCGUGUUCCAGGUGUUCUGCGUCUCUCUCUGGUGCUUCGACGAGUACUGGUACUACAGCAUCUUCACCCUCUUCAUGCUGAUAAUGUUCGAGUACAUGUUGGUGCGCCAACAACUGCGAAACAUGGCGGAAAUCCGUAAAAUGGGGACGAAACCCUACAUGAUGAACGUCUACAGGAACAGAAGGUGGAGGAUGAUGUUCAUAGAUCAAUUGGUCCCUGGGGACAUCGUCUCACUCGUCAGAUCCCAGAGUGACCAACUAGUUCCAUGCGACAUUCUUCUCCUGAGGGGCCAGUGUGUCGUGGAUGAGAGCAUGCUCACAGGUGAAUCCGUCCCCCAGAUGAAGGAGCCAGUCGAAGAGAUCGACCCCAACCAUAACCUGAACAUCGACAGAGAGCACAAGAUCCACGUUCUCUUCGGAGGGACAAAAAUCGUGCAGCACACACCCCUCAGCAAAGCCACAUCUGGCCUCAACCCAACAGACAAGGGAUGCGUUGGAUACGUCCUGCGAACAGGUUUCUCCACAUCCCAGGGCAAACUCCUGAGGACAAUUCUCUUUGGAGUUAAGAGAGUCACAGCAAACAAUCUCGAGACCUUUGGGUUCAUUCUGUUCCUCCUGAUCUUCGCCGUUGCUGCUGCUGCCUACGUCUGGAUAAAUGGAACAGCAGACCCUGAGAGAAGUCGUUACAAAUUGUUCUUGGAGUGCUGCUUGAUCCUGACAUCAGUAAUACCCCCUGAAUUGCCCAUUGAGCUGUCCCUGGCUGUCAAUACCUCGUUGAUGGCGCUCUCCAAGCUCGGGGUGUACUGCACAGAGCCCUUCCGAAUGCCUUUCGCUGGAAAAGUGGAGUUCUGCUGCUUCGACAAGACUGGAACACUGACGAGUGAUAAUUUAGUUGUGGAAGGGGUCACUGGGAUUGAUGGAGACACCAAGAUCAUCCAGGUUGAUGAGGCCCCAAUUGAAAGUAUUCAAGUCCUGGCAACUUGUCAUUCACUGGUGCAGCUCGACGGGGGAAUCGUGGGCGAUCCCCUCGAGAAAGCUACUUUAAAGGCUGUCAAGUGGAGUCUCACGAAGAACGAAGCUGUUGUGCCUAAUAAGGGGAAGGCUAGGGCUCUCAAGAUCUUUCACAGGUUCCACUUCUCAUCGAGUCUCAAACGAAUGUCCGUUAUCGUUGGGAAUACUCUACCCAAUUCUACUGAGGUCCAGUACAUGGUGACUGUCAAGGGAGCCCCAGAAACUCUUAAGGACAUGUUCUCAUCUAUUCCUGACAAUUACGAGGCGACUUAUUUGGGCCUGUCGAGGAGGGGAGCUAGGGUUUUGGCUCUGGGGUACAAGAAACUUCCCUCUUCGUUGAACUCCCAGGACCUCAGGGCUUUGUCACGAGAGGAAUUGGAGAAUGAUUUGGUCUUUGUGGGAUUUGUGAUUAUCAGUUGUCCUCUGAAGCCAGAUUCGUCAGCUGUUAUCAAGGAGAUUAUUAAUGCUUCUCAUGUGGUUGUCAUGAUCACUGGGGAUAAUCCUCUCACUGCCUGUCAUGUCAGCAGAGAGCUUCAUUUUACCAAGAAGCCGACGACGUUGAUAAUGACUCAGAAGGGGGCUAAAUGGCACUGGGAGAGUGUCGAUCAGCAGACGAUAAUCGAUGUUGGGAGGGCCAAUGUCGAGGCUAGGGGGAAGGAGAUCUGGAAGAAUUACGCGCUGUGUGUGACUGGAGAUGGGCUGGAGUAUUUAAGGGAGAGUGAUCAGUCUCUUCUGAAAAAAUUACUCCCUCAUAUCGUGAUUUAUGCCAGGUGUGAGCCCAAACAGAAGGAGUUCAUUGUGAUCUCGCUGCAAGAGCUGGGGUUCACGACACUCAUGUGUGGAGAUGGGACCAAUGAUGUUGGGGCGUUGAAGCAUGCACAGGUGGGGGUGGCUAUUCUCUCCAGUCCUCCGGAGAAGAUCGGGGAGGAGAAGACGCAGAGUCCGAAUGUCAAUGCCUCGCCGAAUAAUGGGCCCAGGCAGCAGAUGACGAGGCAACAGAUUAAUAACAUGCAGAUUCAGAAGUUGCUGAAGGAGAUUGAGGAGCAGGAGCAGGCGACCAUUGUCAAGUUGGGGGAUGCCUCCAUUGCUGCUCCUUUUACUAGUAAAAUGUCCUCGAUUAUGUGCAUUUGUCAUGUGAUCAAACAGGGAAGAUGUACAUUGGUCACAACCCUCCAAAUGUUCAAGAUCUUGGCUCUCAAUGCGUUAGUACUCGCCUACAGUCAAUCAGUUCUGUAUUUAUCUGGAAUUAAAUUCAGUGAUGCCCAGGCAACUAUGCAGAGUGUACUACUGGCAUUCUGCUUUUUAUUUAUUUCACGUUCAAAACCUCUGAGGACACUAUCCAAGCAGAGACCACUGCCAAAUAUUUUUAAUUUGUACACGAUUCUUACGGUGCUGCUGCAGUUUGCUGUCCACUUCUUCUGUUUGAUUUAUUUGGUCAGGGAGGCAACUGUUUACUCACCACCGGAUGAGAAGUUGAGGAGUAUUCUUUCAACUGAAAACAUGACGGAUACUAAAUCAAGUGAGCUGGAUGAUGAUGAUGAGGAGAAUUUUGAAGCUAAUGUCGUCAAUAGUGCUGUUUAUAUUAUUUCACUGGCACUUCAAGUCUGCAACUUCGCUGUAAAUUAUAGGGGCGUACCCUUCAUGGAGAGUCUGGUUGAGAACAAGGCUCUGUUCUAUUCACUUCUAGUUAGUUUUGGUCUCGUUAUAGGAUUGGCUUGUGGCCUCACCCCACCUAUCGCAGCUCAACUUAAAAUUGUUGAUUUUCCAGAUGAGUUUCGGAGUACACUAGUUAUGGUCCUAGUCGGAAAUUUCGUAGCAGCCUUUGCUGUUGACAGAGCGUGUCGAUGGUUGUUCGGCGAGGGUAAAAUGCAAAAGCUGUGAUUCAGUAUGAACCCUCUGACGUCCAUCGCAGGCGUUUUGAGGUCUGGGUCGGUGUGACACACCGAUAUGGACAUAGGUCAAGUUAUGUCCUCGGCGGCCGUCUGUGGGAGGCUGUCUUCGAAUGGGCAAGGCAAUUCCAAGACAGCUUCUCACGGAUUGUCCACGAGGACUUUAAUUGAAAAUAAAUCAAAGAACCAAAUGAUAAUAUCGAAGAAUUCAUCCUACAAUCCAUAUUUCUAUACUCCGAUAAAUACAGUGAACAUUUAUAAAUGGUCAUGAGAUCUGUCUACGAGAACUUUGUCUAGGAAUCAGUGAGGGCAGUGGUGUUGAGAAGAAUCAUUUCAUUUUAAUCCUUCGUCUGGUGUUUAUCUGGGAAUUAUCUGCAGAAUGAGUCGUUUUCAGAUAAAAUGUCGACAGACAUGUCCUCGAAAUUAAGAAGAUGAACGAAACCUUUUCCUUUCCUUGAGAGAAUUUUCUGUUACAAAGCCUCUCAAUAUUUAUUUUAAUAAUUCGUUUUUUAUACAACAAAUAAUAGAUGACGAUAAUAUUCAUCAAGGUAAAGGAUGUAGCAGAAAGUCCUGGGGUUUUGUCAGUACUUUCACGUUUAACAAUCGAUAAUUCCACAUAUAUCAAGAUUAUUUAUUUAUUAUUUAUUUUAUUUGGAAGAAAAUACCUGGCAUUCUCCCCUACAAUCACUCAUUGUCUACAUAAUUUAACAAGACAAUGAAAUUAUGUAGAAAUUUUCCCCGCUAUCGUCUUUUGAUAUUCAAAAAUCAAUUUCUUAUGAAAAAUAAUUGAUAAUAGUGAAAUUCAUGAAGAUAAACAAUGUACCAAUAUAGAGACUAGAAUAAAAAACAAUGCAUUCUUUCAAAGUCAAUUCCAUUUCAUUAACUCGACAGUGAAUUAUCUUUGAAACGAGUGAUUUCAAAAGAAAAUGAGGAAACUUUUUUUAUAUUCGUCAGUUACUCUUAUCUAAAUUGUUCCACAUUCCACAAGGUACGAGAGAAACUAUUUUUUACGUGAUUCUCCCAGCUACAAUAAAUUGUCUUGGUACUCAUCUAAAAAACUUGUUCUGUUAUCAUGGAUAACGACACAAUAAAACCAGUGGAAUAGAAAAAUCAGAGUAUUGCCCCGAAGUGUAAUAAACACAGACGAAGGAUUAAAUUGGUACUGUCGAGGGCUGGUGGAAAUCCUGGAUACACAACUAGACAAUUAUACUAGGAAAUAAGAGUGUUACUGUGUAACACGUUAUUCACCAUCACCAGAGGCUAUUCGCGAACCAAAACAAACAUUUGUAUUUAUUUCCUGUGGAAUUCAAUCGAACAGAGUUUGUAACUCAACCGCAACAAACUCUGAAUACAAAACAUUCCAAUUAGUCAUACGAAUGAUUGAAAUAUAUUUGAGUUCAUGGACGUAGAUAAUCCUCACUUUUUCAUCAAUCAUAACAAUUACAACAUCAAUUACGUCACUAUUGCCAUGCCUACUUGUCUCAAUUAUUGUCAUACAUGUGCGUAUUCCUCACAGUGACUUUCUGUUUUAUACGUUUAACCGAGAAACAUAUUCCUCUUUGGGUUGUUGAACAAUAAUUACCCCAAGAACAUAAGGCUGAUGAAGAGUAAUGAGGAUAUUUUGUGUGCAAUUCUUCGUGUUAAGUCGAUAUGUAAAACAUUGUACAAUACAUUUAUAAAUGAUGAAGAAAAACGAUUUAUUGAAUAAAUAUCAUUCCAACUUUGAGAUAAGACAA